UUUUAAUGAACUUGCUAAAUAGACAGAAUUAUUUAAACAAUAAAUUCAUAUUAUCCUGUAUUCCUGUCUCCUGAUUUCCUGCCCUGCUGAAAAUAUCACUCAAUUCGUAACUGAGUUAUUCUCCUGGCAGGAGCUGAGUCAACUCGGCAAACUCGCUCUCACCCAAACGCCGCUUCUGAUAUUCAAGGGUUGCAUUUGUAUAAGUCCUGUAUUGUGGCUUCUAGUUGCCGAGCAGAGAGCAUAGAAGAUGACAGCUCUGGUGACAACGCGGUUGCUAUUUCUAGUUGGGGAUUCUUUAUCUGUUAAAAAGUUCUCACGGUUUCCGAGGGCAGCUCCAUUGCCUAAAAAUAUUCGUCUAUUUUCCCGAAUUAGUCAUGAUAAUGGGCCUCUCACUCUCACGAGCCUGGGGUUUAUGAGUGAACAUGAAACAACUACGAGGGACGAGAAAUAUAAUCUUCCGCAGAUAAGUUCAACAGUAAAAGUACCCAAAAGUAAAGUAAAAGUAGUUAGAAGUGCAGCGGUCAGGUCAGUCAUUGCGAGGAAUCCUCUUGAAAUAGAAGCUGCCCCAUUUUCUGCAAAGUCAUUUGCCGAACUUGGUCUUCCAUCGUUGUUAAUUGAGAGGCUAGAGAGGGAAGGUUUUGCAGUUCCUACUGAUGUUCAGUCGUCUGCGAUUCCCACAAUACUUAAGAGUCAUGAUGUAGUAAUCCAGUCGUACACGGGUUCCGGAAAAACAUUGGCGUAUCUUCUUCCAAUACUAUCAGGAAUAGGUGCACUGAAUGAACUUCAAAAUACCGUUAAACCUAGGAAGAAAAUGGAUAUAGAAGCAGUAAUCGUGGCCCCUUCUAGGGAGCUUGGAAUGCAAAUUGUUAGGGAGGUUGAAAAGCUUUUAGGACCUGAAGAUAGAAAACUAGUUCAGCAGCUUGUAGGGGGUGCAAAUAGAUCAAGACAGGAAGAAGCUCUUAAAAAAAAUAAGCCAGCUAUCGUAGUUGGGACACCUGGGCGGAUUGCAGAGAUUAGUGCAUCUGGAAAGCUUCACACUCAUGACUGUCGUUACCUAGUCCUAGAUGAAGUUGAUGAGCUGCUUUCGUUUAAUUUCCGAGAGGAUAUGCAUCGGAUACUGGAGCAUGUUGGGAAGAGACCCGGUUCUGGGAAAAGUGAUUCAAAAAUCCCUACUGCCAGGAAAGCUGGACGUCAAACUAUAAUGGUGUCUGCAACUGUGCCCUUUUCUGUUGUAAGGGCAGCUCGGAGCUGGGGCUGUGAUCCUCUUCUUGUCCAAGCAAAAAAGGUUCUCACUCUUGAUUCUGUCACUCCCUCUGGACCUGUUAACUUGACUGGGACAUCAUCUGCUUCUACUACAACCUCGCAAACUCCCUCUGCAGUUCAGAGUCUACCACCAGCUCUGAAGCACUAUUACUGUGUCGCAAGGUUGCAACACAAGAUUGAUACUCUAAGAAGAUGUGUGCAUGCACUUGAUGCCAAGUCUGUGAUAGCUUUCAUGAAUCACAGUAGACAACUAAAGGAUGCCGUCUUUAAGCUAGAAGCUCGUGGGAUGAAUGCUAUUGAACUACAUGGAGAUCUUGGAAAGCUUGCUAGGUCAACAAUCCUAAAGAAAUUUAAGAGUGGUCAAGUUAGAGUGCUUGUGACAAAUGAGCUCUCAGCUAGAGGUUUGGAUAUACCAGAAUGUGAUCUUGUGGUUAAUCUUGACUUACCAACAGACUCAAUUCACUACGCCCAUCGAGCAGGUAGAACAGGCCGGCUUGGUAGAAAUGGUUCUGUGGUUACCAUAUGUGAGGAGCGUGAAGUAUUUAUUAUGAAGAAAAUGCAGAAGCAACUUGCAGUUCCUAUUCAAUCAUGUGAUUUUGCUGAAGGCAAGCUUCUUCUGACAGAGAAUGAGAAGACAUCAGAUACCGGAAGCUACCAAGAGAGCAGAAACGGAUGAAAGAACGAGGGACAAGGACCGGAGGAAGAGAUUUGAAAGGUGAAACGACGGUCUAGAGCUCAACCUUGUAGAAGCAACCGAGAAUGAAUAUGGUGAUGGCGUAUGCUGAGAGUAGCCUCCAGGCGUUGCUGAAAGACUAGACAUGAUAUGAUCUCAAGCUUUUACUACUAGUAGACCUCAUUGUAUGUCUUUCAUUUCGGAACUGUUUAUAUUCGAUUGUUCAUAACCUUAAACUUGCUUACGGUUAGGAGGAACCUCUUAAGCUACUGUAUUUACAGAAUAUUUUUGUUUAAUUAGCAGGGAGACUACAUAAACUAUAUAGUCAAUGCUUGUUUUUGCCA